AAGAUGGCAGUGAGCCAGAGAGAGAGAGGGAGGAGGAGACACAUGCGCGCGCACGCACCUCCGGAGCAACCCCUCGCGAGCGUCCCUUCCACGCUUCACACGCACGUCGGAGAGAGCCGCGUGCACGGCCGCGAGGCGGACCGGACCCCCCCAGAGAUGUCCCUGCUGUGUGUCGGAGUUAAAAAGGCCAAACUCGAUGGACCUCAGGAUAAGUUCAACACCUACGUGACGCUGAAAGUGCAGAAUGUGAAGAGCACCACAGUGGCCGUGCGGGGCAACCAGCCGUCCUGGGAACAGGACUUCAUGUUCGAGAUCAACCGGCUGGACCUGGGCCUCACCGUGGAGCUCUGGGAAAAGGGCCUCAUCUGGGACACGAUCCUGGGCACCUCGUGGAUCCCGCUGCGCAGCGUCCGCCAGUCCAACGAGGAGGGUCCCGGCGACUGGCUCACGCUGGACUCGCAGGUCAUCAUGGCGGACAGCGAAGUGUGCGGCACCAAGGACCCGACGUUCCACCGCAUCCUGCUGGACACGCGGUUCGAGCUGCCGUUCGACAUCCCCGAGGAGGAGGCACGCUACUGGGCCCAGAAGCUGGAGCAGCUCAAUGCCAUGAGGGACCAGGAUCACUCGUACCAGGGGCACGAGGACGGACCGCUGGCCGUUCCAGGGUCUCAGUGCUGCAACUGGAGUCUCUGGAGGGACCAGCAAAAUGAGGACCCCGACAGUGCGGUCGACGACCGGGACAGUGACUACCGCAGCGAAACCAGCAACAGCAUCCCGCCGCCGUACUGCAGCGCGUCGCAGCCCAACGCCUCCGUGCACCAGUAUUCGGCGCGACCCCCCCAUCACGGCUCCCCCAGCCCCCGCUCCCGCUCGCUCAACAGCGGCGAGCUCCUUUACAGCCGCUCGAGGACACUGAGCCCCACCGGCAGCUACGCGUCGUCCGCAGAGCUGAGCCAGGGCAGCUCCCAGCUGAGCGACGAGUUUGGCCGGAGCCCCGACUUCUACGAGGAGAACGACUCCUACCUGUCCUGCCACUCGUCGGUGACGUACAGCAAGGGCUCCCCGGACUGGGACCCCGAUGAGCUCCGGGGGGGGCACAGCGAUGAGGGCAGCUACCUGAGGGGCGGCGCCCCCUGCGAGGAAGAGCGGGAUGCGCUUUACCCCAAAGAUGAGGUUCUUUUCGGGCCUGACGGGGGUCGUACCGAAGAGUGGGAGCCUCCUUAUACAGCAACCCCACGCGGCAGGGCCCCCCCGCAGGUCUCGGACACCUCCGCCUCCCACCCGGUCCUGGACAAGCAAGCCUCCCUCUGCCAGCUGCAGCAGCCACCUCCCCAGCUGCCCCUCCAGCUGCCCCCCCAGGCCUCCAUCCAACCCCCGUCCACCCAAGACCACGGAGUAUCCCAGUCACAGCCCCUGGCACCCACAACAAAGACCCCUGCAGUCGUGGCACCUCCUUCUGUCAAAGAGACUCCGCCCCUGCCUACUGUGACCACACCCCCUGCAACAGUGGCCCAGCCCCCCAGCGCUGUGACCACACCCCCUGCAGCUGUGGCCCAACCCCCCAGUGCUGUGACCACACCCCCUGCAGCUGUGGCCCAACCCCCCAGCGCUGUGGCCACACCCCCUGCAGCCAUGGCCCAGCCCCCUGUCCCCGGUGUCCAGGCUUCCGCCCCACUGGAAGAACCACCACUCAGUGAGGAAACACCCCCUACAGGUCAUCUGGAGGAGACAGAGCCCCGCCCUGAGAGUAGCCAGCCAAUGAGGGACGACGCUGGGGACUCCAGGUCUCGCGCCAAAGCCAACUGGCUGAGACUCUUCAACAAGGUCCGCCAACAGCUGCAGGAGGCUCGCGGGGACUCUGCGUGGUCCCAGUCUCUGUGGUUUAAAGGAGGGCCCGGCGACGCCCUCUACAGCAUCGACACAGACAGCAUGCCGAACCUGCGCAAGAGGAAGACCGUCCCGCUUGUCAGGGACUUGGCCAUGUCCUUGGUGCAGAACUCCCGCAAGGCUGGGAUCACGUCCGCCAUGGCCUGUAGCACCCUGAACAAUGAGGAGCUGAAGAGCCACGUGUACCGCAAGGCCUUGCAGGCGCUCAUCUACCCCAUCUCCAGCACCACGCCGCACAACUUUGAGGUGUGGACCGCGACCGCGCCCACCUACUGCCACGAGUGCGAGGGGCUGCUGUGGGGCAUCGCGCGACAGGGCAUGCGCUGCGCCGAGUGUGGGGUCAAGUGUCACGAGAAGUGCCAGGAGCUGCUCAACGCCGACUGCCUGCAGAGAGCGGCGGAGAAGAGCUCCAAGCACGGGGCCGAGGACCGCACCCAGAACAUCAUCAUGGUCCUGAAGGACCGCAUGAAGAUCCGCGAACGGAACAAGCCCGAGAUCUUUGAGCUCAUCCAGCAGGUGUUCGGAGUGGCCAAGGCCGCCCACGCCACCCACAUGAAACAGGUCAAGCAGAGCGUGCUGGACGGCACCUCCAAGUGGUCGGCCAAGAUCAGCAUCACGGUGCAGUGUGCCCAGGGCCUUCAGGCCAAAGACAAGACAGGAUCCAGCGACCCCUACGUCACGGUGCAAGUGGGGAAGACCAAGAAGAGGACAAAGACCAUCUACGGCAACCUCAACCCCGUGUGGGACGAGAACUUCCACUUCGAGUGCCACAACUCGUCGGACCGCAUCAAGGUGCGCGUGUGGGACGAGGACGACGACAUCAAGUCCCGCGUGAAGCAGCGGUUCAAACGCGAGUCCGACGACUUCCUGGGCCAGACCAUCAUCGAGGUCCGAACCCUGAGCGGAGAGAUGGACGUCUGGUACAACCUGGAAAAGCGCACGGACAAGUCGGCCGUGUCGGGCGCCAUCCGCAUGCGCAUCAGCGUGGAGAUCAAGGGCGAGGAGACCGUGGCUCCGUACCACGUCCAGUACACCUGUCUGCAUGAGAACCUGUUCCACUAUGUGACGGACGUCCAGAGCAACGGCGCGGUCAAGAUCCCCGACGCCAAGGGCGACGACGCCUGGAAGGUGUAUUUCGAGGAGACGGCGCAGGAGGUGGUUGACGAGUUCGCCAUGCGCUACGGCAUCGAGUCCAUCUACCAGGCCAUGACCCACUUCGCCUGCCUGUCGUCCAAGUACAUGUGUCCCGGCGUCCCGGCCGUCAUGAGCACCCUGCUGGCCAACAUCAACGCCUAUUAUGCCCACACGACGCAGUCUUCCAACAACGUGUGCGCCGCCGACCGCUUCUCCGCCUCCAACUUCGGGAAAGAACGCUUCGUGAAGCUCCUGGAUCAGCUCCAUAACUCGCUGCGGAUCGACCUGUCCAUGUACCGGAACAACUUCCCGGCCAGUAGUCCAGAGCGGCUGCAGGACCUCAAGUCCACCGUGGACCUGCUCACCAGCAUCACCUUCUUCAGGAUGAAGGUGCUGGACCUGCAGAACCCGCCGAGAGCGAGCCAGGUGGUGAAGGACUGUGUCAAGGCGUGUCUCAACUCCACCUACGAGUACAUCUUCAACAACUGCCACGAGCUGUACAGCCGCGAGUACCAGGUGGACCCGGACAAGAAGGUGGACGUGGCCCCUGAGGACCAAGAGCCCAGCAUCAAGAACCUGGACUUCUGGUCCAAACUCAUCACCCUUAUGGUGUCCAUCAUCGAGGAGGACAGGAACUCUUACACCCCCUGCCUGAACCAGUUCCCCCAGGAGCUCAACGUGGGCAAGAUCAGCGCCGAGGUCAUGUGGACCUUGUUCGCCCAGGACAUGAAGUACGCCAUGGAGGAGCACGAGAAGAGCCGGCUGUGCAAGAGCGCCGACUACAUGAACCUGCACUUCAAGGCCAAGUGGCUGUACAACGAGUACGCGCAGGAGCUGGCGCCGUUCCAGAGCCGUGUGCCCGAGUACCCGGUAUGGUUCGAGCCCUUUGUCAUCCAGUGGCUGGAUGAGAACGAGGAAGUGUCCAUGGACUUCCUGCACGGGGCGCUGGAAAGGGACAAGAAGGACGGGUUCCAGCAGACGUCGGAACACGCGCUCUUCUCCUGCUCCGUGGUCGACGUCUUCUCCCAGCUCAACCAGAGCUUCGAGAUCGUCAGGAAGCUCGAGUGUCCGGACCCCGAGGUCGUGGCUCGCUACAUGAAGAGGUUCGCCAAGACCCUCGGGAAGGUGCUGCUGUCGUACGCUGACAUUGUCGCCCGGGACUUUGCGAGCCACUGUUCCAAGGAGAAGGUGCCCUGCAUCCUCAUCAACAACAUCCAGCAGCUGCGGGUCCAGCUGGAGAAGAUGUUCGAGGCCAUGGGCGGCAGAGACCUCAACGUGGAGGCCAGUGACUUCCUGAAGGAGCUGCAGGUGAAGCUGAACAGCGUGAUGGACGACCUCAGCAGGAUCUUCGCCGUCAGCUUCCAGCCCCACAUAGAGGAGUGUGUCAGGCAGAUGGGAGACAUCCUGGCUCAGGUCAAGGGGACGGAGAAGCCUCCGGCCAACGGGGGCAGCGUGGCGCAGGACGCGGACAACGUGCUGCAGCCCAUCAUGGAGUUCCUGGACAGCAACCUCACGCUCUUCGCCAAGGUCUGCGAGAAGACGGUGCUCAAGAGGGUCCUCAAGGAGCUCUGGAAGCUGGUGAUGAACACCAUGGAGAGGACCAUUGUCCUUCCGCCCCUCACGGACCAGACGGGCACGCAGCUCAUCUUCACCGCGGCCAAGGAGCUGGGGCAGCUCUCCAAGCUCAAGGAGCACAUGGUUCGAGAGGAGCCCAAGGCACUGUCGCCCAAGCAAUGUGCAGUGGUGGAGAUGGCCCUGGACACCAUCAAGCAAUACUUCCACGCCGGAGGAGUUGGGCUCAAGAAGACGUUCCUGGAGAAGAGUCCCGACCUGCAGUCGCUGCGCUACGCGCUCUCCCUCUACACUCAAGCCACGGACACACUCAUUCGAACCUUUGUCCAGACUCAGAAAGAACAGGUCCAUGGAGGGAGGGGUGUGCGCUACACCCUUAGCGAGGACACGUACCCGGAGAAGGGGUCAGGUGUGGAUGACGCAGUGGGAGAGGUGUCCCUCCAUGUGGAGAUAUUCACACACCCCAACACUGGGGAACACAAGGUCACCGUAAAGGUGGUGGGGGCCAACGACCUGCGCUGGCAGACGUCUGGGAUCUUCAGGCCCUUCAUCGAGGUUUACAUCAUCGGACCGCAGCUCAGCGAUAGGAAGAGGAAGUUCGCCACCAAAUCAAAGAACAAUAGCUGGUCACCGCGGUUCAAUGAGACGUUCCAGUUCAGCCUGAAUGCUGAGGCGGGGCCUGAGUGCUACGAGGUGCAGGUGUGCGUGAAGGACUACUGCUUCGCACGGGAUGACCGCACAGUGGGUGUUGCCAUCAUGCAGCUGCGGGACCUGGCCUCUCGGGGCAGCGCUGCCUGCUGGCUGCCGCUGGGGAAGCGGGUCCACAUGGAUGAGACGGGCCUCACAGUGCUGCGCAUUCUGUCCCAGCGCAGCGCUGAUGAAGUGGCCCGAGAGUUUGUCAAGCUCAAGUCAGAACAGCGCGCUGCAGAGGAGGGCCAGGGCAGCUGAGCAGUGUGUCAUGUAGCCACUGUUUGAUUACACCCCCUCCCAUUGGCUGAGCCAAGAACAUCCAUCUGCAUCAACAGUAAGAGUGCCACUGUAUGUCGUCACCACGUCUCCUGCCAGAAACACACCCCCCCCCCCC